GCUGACCCCGAUUCUGUAUACACCUUCUGCACCAUUGGGCCGGCGCAUGUCCCAGGCGGGGCUUCCGACGACCAACAUCGCUCGCAUGUAUCAUUCGUCGGUCACCCUAACGCCCCAAGGCAAUAUCCUUCUUGCUGGUUCAAACCCCAAUGGAAAUGUCACAGUUCUCCCUCCAGGACAGCCAGGUUUCCCUUCGGAGUUCCGAGUGCAGACACUCGAUCCCCCGUUCA